UCGUGUAGCACGUGUGCACUCACCAACAGAUUGUCUUCUUUUCUUAUCUUGUGAUAAAUAAAAGUUUCAAAACAAUUAUUCUUGCCAUCCAUAAUAAAUGGUGACCAUGUGGCUGUUAGCCCGAUCGGUCGGGUUAUCUUAUGUAUCAGGGACUAUUCAAUUUUUGCUCGCGACUCUAGGGGUCGCGACCCAUACUAAGGGAACUCUUGCUCGCUCUGUAGCUGGGAUAAUGAUUGUGUUCUUACUCUUAUUCAAGUUAUCUGUCACUCCCAUAAUUAGUCUAGUCAAAUCAGUUUUGCUUUUUAUCGAAAGAAUACAUAGUUAUCCAAUACGCGAAGUGUUCAAGUCGUCGACGAUGCUCUCCAAUAAAGAUAUUUUAACGGAAUUGACUAAAGAAGAAAUUUCAAUAUUGAAAGAAACCUAUAAAAAUGUCGAAGAGGCGUUCUAUGUUUACACAUUGUUGGAUGUGGCAGUGAGAUGGUAUGGAAAAGAAGGUUUGACUGUAACUUCGCCUGGUGACGCUUGGAAGGAAGACGGUUCUAUCGUUGUCUUUCUAGAUUUCGGCCAUGUUGCCGUUUUUCCAUAUUCUCUCAGUGGGAAAUACGAGAGGAUAUCUGAAGGACUUUGUAAGACCAGCAGGAUAGACCCCCAAAAAUCCUUUUAUCUCGCCAACAUCAUGGAUACCUACUUGGGUGACAUGUUGAACAUCGUAAGUAAUAUGGGAAGGAAAGUCGAAGUGAACUACGAAUAUUUCUUCUACACCAUGACGAUCGAGAAGGCGAAAUCCUUACAAGUCGAGUGUCCAAAGGAAACUUACGUGAAGAAGCUGUGCGCGGAUCACGCCGAGCAGAUGAAUAGAGUUUGGCCGCAUCGAUUCGAGAAUUCAGGCAAGAAUGUGGCAAAUUGGCUGUCGAUAAACGACGGUUAUGGUUUGUUCCUGAAGGAAAACGAUGAACUGGUGUCUUGGGCGAUGCAGGGUUAUCUUGGUCACAUAAAUCUGCUUCAGACUGAAAAGGAACACAUGGGAAGGGGUUAUGGCGGUGUGAUGCUUCUGCUGAUGGCCAAACAUAUUGCGCAGAGCGGAUACGUUCCGGUAGCGAUGGUGUUGACGAAAAAUAAAGCCUCCAAUAGUCUAUUCAGAAAACAAGGUUUCGAGAGCAAGUGUAAGAGUUAUUUUUUGUUAGUAAGUGUAAUCAAUGUUGAAAAUUGAGGUGGGAUACAAAUCUGCUGAACUUUUUUGUAUGAAAGAAACAUGAUACAUGAUGUUGUGGUAUAUUAUUAGUGUAUUUAUUCCAUUCGAAAAAACAUUGGAUAAAACCUCUUGAGUGCAUUGGGACAUGAGCUCUACGGUUGUUUACUAACAAAGCAUUUCAGUUGUUCUGAACAGAUGUUUAAAUUGAAAUCAGUGUCAUGACAUAUUUUUAUUUAAAUUUUAAUAAACAUUCAAUGAGCA